GGACACACCUACCCGCUUUAAUGAUCCACGUCUCCUGAGCGCGGCUGCCUUGGCCACAUUAUGAAGAGACUGAGACAGAGGUUGGACGCGUUUUUCUGCCCUAACGGAGGGAGCCGAGCUGUGACUCUGGAAUAAAAUAAACACAAAUAAACAGAGCAGUUUAUGUAGACACGAAGUUUGAAAGGGACUACAAUGUGCGCGCGUGGGUUUCUAUUUCACUGAUCCUGCUCCGUGGCGUCAAGUUGCACACAGGAGCAGGGAGAAGUUUCAAAUGGACAGACACUUGGAGAGAGUAUGGGAUUAUUUUUGUAAUGAGGAUUGCUAUUCCCUGUGAAGAAACUAAAGGUCUGCUGCGGAACAAUGUGAGACGUUGUGCGUCUUGGAUUCUUGUGUUUCUGGAUAUUCUGAAAGUGAUUGGCAACAGUUGAGAGAGAAAUAAGUUAUGCGCAAAGCACUGAACGCUGCGACCCCGGGACCAAGAUGGAUAUGCCAUUACAAGCCCCUGCCCCUUUUUUAGACAAGUUUUAGCCGGCCUGCUCGUGUUGUUUUUGUUUUUGUUUUUACUGUAAACUUCGUGUUUGAGAAGACAUCGCCUCAUUGGCCUCUUGGAUUUUAAAACGUCACCUGCCUUUGGAUUGGAUUUCCUACACAAUGAACAUUAUUGACAGUUUGACAUUAUUAUUUUUGACGCUGUCAGCUGUCAAGAGCGCCCACAUACCGAGGGAAACAGAAAGAGGUCCACAUGACGUGAUCCCUUUGAUGGAGGUCUACAAUAAGAGUUUGUGCCAGCCACGAGAGCUGCUGGUGGAGAUCCUGCAGGAGUAUCCGGAGGAGGUGGAGCACAUCUUCAUCCCGUCCUGCGUGGUGUUAACGCGCUGCGCUGGCUGCUGCAACGAUGAGAUGCUACAGUGCAUGCCUACAUCGAGCUACAACAUAACAAUGGAGAUUAAAAGAAUAAAACCCCAAAGGCAACAAAAUGAUAUUUUCAUGAGUUUUACAGAACACAGCGCAUGUGAGUGUAGGUUAAAGAAAGAAGUGAAAGAACAGAAAGAAAAAAAACCCCGGAAAGAAAAGGGCAAAGGCCAAAAGAGAAAACGAAAGAAAAACCGCGACAAAACAAUUCAUGAUGCUGUUUGUGAGCCAUGUUGCGAUCACUGCUCGGAAAGGAGGAGGCGUUUAUUCGUACAGGAUCCCGCAACCUGUCGGUGCUCCUGCAAACACACGGACGAAUACUGUAGAGACCGCCAGCUAGAGCUCAAUGAGAGGACCUGCAAAUGUGACAAGCCCAGAAGAUGAGAGAGGUGGGAGCACCAGAUGUACAAGAUGAAGGAAUAUUCUAGAGAUAUUUCACAGCACAGCACUUUGACCUUUUAACCGUAAGCUCUUCUUUUCUGUGGAAAGCAUUCCCCUUGGACUGACUGAGAGUGAACAAAGAGACUGAAGUUCCUCCUACUGUAUAUCUGUGUGUAUAUAGACCAUGAUAAAAGAAAAAAAGAGUACAGAAAUGUCAUGCUGCUACAGAAAUGUAUAACUAAACCCUUCAUUUUGACAAAAAGCAAAUAGCCGCCAUGUGGUUUUUCUAACAGGCUUGCAGUGCAGGUAUAGUCUUGUUGUCAAUUCAUUGAAUGCAAUUACUUCACUGGAUAUGAGUCUACUGUGGCUGUGUGUCAAUCAUAAAUUGCAAAACCUCUCAAUCUAAGAUAUAUUUAACUGCUAAAACAGUGGGUGAGGCUGAGGAAGACAUGGGAACGCUCUCAUUUCAAAAGAGACAGAUGGACUUUUCUUUGUCAACGUUUGCUUUUUCGGAGUAUAAAAGCAGGACUUGCGGAGCAGCUGACGGAAAUCUGUCUGGACAUGAUGUCGCCUCCUUUGCCGUGAGGACAUUGCAGGACUGACGUGGACAUACACAAUGACGCUAUUGUGAGCAGCUUGUUGGAGAAGAGACUCAAGAGUGCCAUAUACUUUAAAAGGGAUACUGGUUAUCAAUAUAGCAUCAAAUGUUUGCUAUGUCCUACAUGAAAACCACUGAAAACACCCUAUACUGUAGUGUGAUUCCAUUUGAAAACUGUGCCUCACAAAAUGUACUGAGAAAUCUUUCGAGUGCUUUUAAAUUAUUUUUUGUGUUGUUUUUCAGGAGAGGGGAUUGUCUAAGUAGUUUUGUUAGUUGUUGAACUCAAUACAGAAUUCGUUGAUUAUGUAUCUUCUUCUUUGAACUUGUACAUACUUAAUAACCCUUUAUGCCAUAGUCCAUCCUAGAUAAUUUAUAAUAUUUUUAGAUUAUUUUUUCAGUAUUCAGUCUUCUACCCAUAUUUAAUUUGGUCUAUUUAUAUAUGCAGUGUUAUGUACUUGUAGCUGUCCUUUCCCCUCCCCCACGUUUAAGGUCACUGAUGGCUCCCCUCAGCAUGGACCCUCGCCAUGCUUUUCUACAAAACAACAAGAAAAACACAAAAAAACCGCAAUGAUUUGAGAACAUUCCCUAAAUGGAUCAUUUUUUCUGGUGUACUGAUGGCAUCUCCUUCUCUCCUCUAUUUUUAAAUCCCUCUGACUAAGGGUGCAGGUGCUGUGUAGAAAGUUAACAUGUCUUUGUGUGUGUCUGAGUGUGUUUCUGUGCAUUUACUGCCAUGCGCAUCCAUGUGUAGGUCUAUGUGUGUUGUAUUUAAAUAUUUAAAUUAGUAGCAGUCCUUUUGUCCAUGUCUUAUCGUCCUGCAAAAUGCAAAUAAAACUAAACUACUGCUAGAUGCUUAGCAUAAACCAACACUACAAAUUCAAAAUCCAAUGUUAAUCUGCAUCCUCUCUGCCAUCAGUCUUCAAGCCCUCUUGUUAGCUCUCUUUGUCUCUUCCUCACUAUUAACAUGUCUUCUGUGUGUAUGUAAAACAGUAAAGCAUAUUUAUUUUCAAAUUAUAAUUAUGUUUUUUAUAUAAAAUAAGGAAAAGGUUGCUGUGUUGUGAAUGCUGUGUUUUCAAGAGAUUUCAUUAGGCACAGGAGAUUGUCCGUGUUGUUGUGCAACAAGAUGAUGCUCACACUUAAUGCAGAAUGUAACCUGGGAGAAAAUAGAUCAUAGAAAUCAGAAAUUCCCGCACGCUGUUCAUGGUAGACCGACAGAUACUCAGCCUUAUGAAUAAAAUGGCACUUUGAA